AUGGAGGCCUUGCCAGUGGAGACGAUCGUGGCGAUCAUGCGAGAGUGCGACAGUAUCGACGACCUUCUCGCACUUGCUUCUACAUGCGGACGCUUUCGAUCGACUUUCGACAAGUUCUCUCCUAGCAUUCUUCAGCAUCUCAAGGCUCCUGGCAUCCCAGACUUUGAUGACGCUCUCACAGUGGUCAGAGCAACCGCUAUCGUCAAAGGCUCCUACGCCAAGGGAGUGCUGCCGCCCAAGCCCUUUCCCUUUGACCAGCUUGCGCACGGAAAGUCACCAGCAACGCUGGUUGAGUACCAGAAAGUCAUCAACCUCAUUGAAUUUCUCAAGUUGAUCGAGGCUGAGUUUGCUUACCUCUGGCGGAAGUACCUGCCAUACAUCAAAGAAGACCUCGAUGACCUCCGGCGCUCUUGGGAAGGCGCGUUCAACGAAAGCAUGCUCAAAGCCCUACUCAUGAAUGCUGUCCUGGCUGGGGAGAUGGCGGAGCCUUUUUGGAACGCCGGCCAAAAACUGAGCGAUCCUUCUGGCACUGGUGCCAAGAUCCUGCAGUCAAUUGAGGACCCCGAGAGCCGUCAUCUGGGAGGUCGUUGGCAGCGCGACGAGUCUGGUAUGACUUGGGUCACACGUGACCACUACACGGAAGUCAAGGAUUGGCUCAACGACAAAGACAUUCAGUAUCUCGAGACAUACAACGCCUACAGAAAUGACAGGUACACGGGUAUCAGCAAGGAUCUCAGCAACACAACCUUCGGCAGGCUGGCAAAGCACUUCAGGCUCGACAACUGCGCCGACAGUUUUCUUCCUCGAAUUUUUCAGACGACUUUGAGGGACUUGCAAGACUAUGCCUUUUUCGAGCAUCCCGAGGAUCAAGAGAACCUUCCGUACUUUCAAACAAGAUUCAACAGCGAUUCCCCGAUCAAGCAGAUGGUCGUUGCGAUUCUCCACCUCGGUCCAUUGCUGCCAGGAAAGCUCAGUCGCCUCAGUCCCAAAGCCCAUGCAGGAAGAAGAACCGUCGACUUUGUUCCAUUCGGAUGCUUCAACGUCCACACUUACGCAUUCGACGCCGUUGAGGGAGACUAUUGGGAGCCUGAGUUCUUCUGGGGACAGGUUGGUGGCAUUAGUCUGCUGAAGGCUCACAAGCCCCGCGGCGUUGACUCGGGAGGAAAGUUCGCGGACCUUACCGACAUUCUGAGCUUCCAUCGGGGAGAUUUGGAUUACAUAUUUGAGAAGAAUGAUGAAAAGUACAAUUGCGGGUAUGAUCGUCGUUGUCAAGCCGAGGCGGACUGGGACACCCGAUGGAACAGGAUCAGGUGCGACGGAGACAUGGAUUGGUAG